AUGUUCAUAGUCCAUAAGAAGGGCCUGGUGCUUGAUGGUUCUCACCCUGGCUUCCUGUACGGUUACGGCGGCUUCAACAUCUCCAUCACGCCGAGCUACAGCGUCUCACGCCUCAUCUUCGUGCGACACUUGGGGGGCGUGCUCGCCGUGGCCAACAUCCGCGGGGGAGGGGAGUACGGCGAGACCUGGCACAAGGGUGGGAUGUUGGAGAACAAACAGAACUGUUUCUCAGACUUCCAGUGCGCUGCAGAGUUUCUGAUCAGAGAGAAAUACACGUCUGCAUCAAAACUCACCAUCAACGGGGGCUCCAACGGCGGCCUGCUCGUCGCUGCGUGUGUGAACCAGCGCCCGGACCUGUUUGGUUGUGCGGUGGCUCAGGUCGGGGUCAUGGACAUGCUGAAGUUCCACAAGUUCACCAUCGGUCACGCCUGGACCACGGACUUCGGCUGCUCCGAGGACUGCGACCAGUUCCAGUGGCUCAUCAAGUACUCCCCGCUCCACAACAUCCGUGUCCCAGAGGACAGUGGCGUGCAGUACCCGGCGGUGCUGCUGCUGACCGGUGACCAUGACGACCGUGUGGUUCCUCUGCACUCGCUGAAGUACAUCGCCACGCUGCAGCACACGGUGGGACGCACGCCGCGGCAGACCAACCCCCUCUUCAUCCUCGUGGACACUAAGUCUGGACACGGCGCCGGGAAACCCACCAGCAAGGUCAUCCAGGAGGUCGCCGACACCUACGCCUUCAUCGCACGCUGCCUCGCCCUGCGCUGGGUCAAGUAA